GAACUUUUGGAAAUUUAUAAAAAGCCAGAUCAGAAAGAUACUAUUAAUCUAAAAAAAAAAGAAUUAAAGGAAAUUAAGAACACGUUGGUAGGAGAUUGGAGAUGCAAAUAUAUAGUGCAAAUUUUAUCAGAUAUGAUGAGUGAUGGCAAACUGCAUAACGUAAAUAAAAUGAUAAAAACUUUAAAAACUUUAUUAAAAAAUUUAUUAGAAAAAUUGAGCGUAGGCGAUGAAAAAAAAGUCAAGAAAAUUGUAAACGAAGAAGCCGAGAAUAUUGAAGUUGAAGCUGAUGAAAAUGGAAGCAAUGAAAUUAAAGUCAAGAAAAUUGUAAGCGAAGAAGCCGAGAAUAUUGAAGUUGAAGCUGAUGAAAAUGGAAGCAAUGAAAUUAAAGUCAAGAAAAUUGUAAACGAAGAAGCCGAGAAUAUUGAAGUUGUAGUCGAUAAAAGUAAAAGCGAUAAAAAUAAAGGAGAUAAAAGUCUGGAAGAAAUAUUAAUGCCGAUAAUUUUAUUGAAAAUUAAGGCCGAGAAAGAUAAUGAUGUGAGCGAUACCGGGGGUAACAAUAUAUGGCAUAAAAUUGUACAAUUUUCAUUCAAACCUAAGGUCGAGAAUAAAGUUAACGUUAGUAUAAUUAAUAAAAUGGUGGAAAUUUUAUUUAAACUUAUACGCGGUGCCGAGAAUAACGAAAAGGAAGUUCGUUUAUACAUAAAGAAUUUAGAAUCAAUAUCAGAAUUUAUAGAUAACCUACCAAAUAGUGAGAACAAAGUCAAAAGCAUUAAGAAAUUAUUACAUAAUUUACAUAAUUCAAGCGAAGAUUUGAAUAUUGUAGCUAACAUUUUGGGCGUUUUAUCAGGCAUUACGAAUAAGACCAAGAGUGACGAUAAGAAAAUUAAUAUCAUAAGCAGUAUACCGGAUAUGUUAACAAAAAUUGUGAUGAAAAAGAUCAUAUACAAAGAGGGCAUGGAAAAGAACGAGAACAUGGAAGCAAACUUGGAAAAGGUCUCGGAAAAGGACUUGGAAGUCGUAAGCUCAAUAAUAGAAAUUUUUUCUAAAGUCAUAAGUAAUAACUAUAAUGCAAUUAUUACAAAAAAAAUUAAGGAACCUGAAACUUUAUUCGAGAUUAUAAGAAGAGCUUAUGAUGAUAUAGACUCUGCAAAAAAUUUUACUGAUGAAAAAGAUGUAAAAAGAAUAGUAUUAGAAAUUAUAGAACUUAUGAUUAAGUCCAUGAUUAAAAAUGAUACAUAUACUGAAUAUAAGGCAUCGCAAGACAAAAUGAAUAAAUUGAAUGUCAUAGAUGCAAAAAUAAGAGCAAUUUUAUCUGAAGUUAAGGAAGAUAAAAAUCUAGAUCAUCAUCUUAACGAAUUAGAUUAUUUAAAAACUCAAUUAACAUGUAUAAAGGAUGAUGCCAUAAUGGAUAAAUAUUUUAAAGAUAAAAUCGAUAUAUUACAAAAGAUUCAUUCCAAGAAAAUUAAUUGGUUUAAAAAGUUUCUUCUUUAUUUCUUGACCAUUAUGUUUUUGCCUACUCUUUUUUUAACUGGUUUGAUAUCAUUGAAAAAUGAAGAUAAAGAAUAUGCAGAAUUUAAGUAUUAUUUUAAGGAUUACAAAGAAAAAGAGCCUUAUGAAUAUAAUAAAAUUAAAUGGAGGCUUUUAUGGUUUAGGUUACGAAAUGAAUAUAGAGUGCAGUUAAAUAGAAUAGAAAUGAAUAAGAAAGAAAAAGAGAUAAUCAAACGUCUUCUUUUUGGAUUAUCAAUGGAUAGCAGCAAUUUUGUUUAA